AUGGAUUUCUACCCCUUCCUCCGCUCCCUUUCCGCAUCCACCACCAAGAUCCACCGCCAAAUCGCCUGCAUCAUUCUCCCGAUCCUCUUCACUCUCCACACUGGCGACAACUAUUCGUCCUUCGCUGCUGCCGCCACCACGCCUGACCAAUGGUUUGUGUAUGUGAACAAGAUCGGCUACUUCUUCGCCAUGUGCCUCGGGGAGCUCAUCCCCAGAAAUUUCCUCAACGAUUCUGGAAAUUCGAAUUUGUGUUCUCUCUUCUCCAGUCGUAGAUAUGCAAUUUUCACAAUUCUCGCCAGUUUAGAAGCUUUGCAAAAUCAAAACAAAAAUCGUGUGGAGAUUUUGGAUUUGUGGAUUUGGGAGGAUUCCCACUGCUGCUACCACCACUCUUGUUGUUCCUCAGAUUACACCUACUGUCGUUGCUCGGUUUCUUGGACACGCCGCUCCGACUGA